AUGGUUGAGAAGCUAAUCUAUCUCACCAUUACAAAACCAGACAUCUGUUUUGCUGUGAAUCAAGCCAGUCAACAUAUGCAAGCACCAAAGGUUCAUCAUUGGAAUAUGGUGGAAAGGAUCAUGAGAUAUCUAAGAGAGGCUCCUGGUCAAGGUGUUUGGAUGGGUUGCAAUAAGAGUACAGAGAUAGUGGGAUAUUGUGAAGCAGAUUGGACUGGUGAUAGAGUAGACAGGAGGUCAACAACAGGCUACUGUACUUUCAUCGGAGGCAACCUAGUCACAUGGAAGAAUAAGAAGCAAAAAGUGGAACCUGCUAAGAGACUUGGGCAUGGAAACAACGACACCAAUCACAAUGCAUUGUGA